AUGGGGAAGCGGUCGUUUGGUAUCCGCUGCAGGGGCCGCUCGGUGGGCAGGACGGGCAUGCGCAUAAAGGGCUGGACGUUGAGGGCCCAGCCGGGCCCGUUCUCGUCGACAAAGUCGAGCGGCGUCGUGUCCCACGGUCGACGGCCCGUGAUCUCUGCCAGGGCGUAUUGGGUGGCGGACGUCGACGGGCUUAUGCAGCCACGUGUAGGCGGUCAUGAGCGAGCAGACGACGAUGGCGAGCGUGUUGAGCUCCAGCGUCGUCAGCACGAGGCCCUGCGCCGCCCGCGCGAUGCACUCCACCACGAGGUAGCUAAUUUGUAUCGAGGUGAUGAGCUUGGCAAGGCGGUCCUGCUUGGAUUUGUCGUUGACCUCUUCUGA